UUAUUUAGUUGUUUUGUGUUAUAAUAAUACAUAAAAUUGUUCUGAAGUGCCAUACAAGAUGAUCUCUCUGCCGCCCUGCUCAAAUUUUUUUAAAUAAAUAGGCUCAGUGCAACGCUGCACUGGCACCCUGUAGCUCCACACUUAAAGACCAAUCAAAUAGUUUACUGUCACUGAACACACCCAGUAAGCAAGAAAUGCAAAUAGGAGCAGAAAACAUUAAUUCCAUAUGAAAUCCGCGCGGUAGAAAAGUUUUUAUUUCAACAAAAAUUCAAUCAUACGCAUUAAGACUUCAAAAAAUUUGUGUUAUUUUAAUUUAAUCAAACUAAAUUGGAAAAUGAUACGCACGGAGUGGUAUGAACUUGCCGUGGAUGGUGGACGCACACUCAAAUUUCCAACUAUGGGCCCUCAGCCGGGAGAACCAAAACAUACGGAACAAAGUGAUAUUACUGCAGCAACUGAAGUAUAUUCAACUGUCCCUCAACAAUACGGUGGCAUCAUAAAGAGAGGUGCGUGGUGUUGGAUAUCUACCGGUAAUGUAUUAGAAAUUACAGCGCUACGUACUGGACAGACUAUAGCCACUUAUGGAUUUGUGGAACCACGAGGCUAUGAGAAUUGUUGUAUACGAUGCGUAGAGGAAUUAUUUCCACAGAACAAUGAAACAGUCCUCUUGGCUAUAUCUCUGGAGUGUUUCAGCGCAGCUGAGAGUGGUUGCAGUUUGGUAGCAAUUUAUUCCAUAGAGCGUAAUCAAGUGCUGAGCUGCAUGGAGUUGCCACUACAUAUUACUGCACUAGCUUUUGUCAGUUCAAAUUGUUGCCGACGUUCGCUCUUACAGAAUUUCGACGGUUGUAUUGCAGUGGGUAGUGAAGAAGGUGUAAUCUUACUAUUGGAUUUGAAUAUAAACAAACUAAUUAAUACAUGUGACGAACGUUUAAAAGCUCCAAUUGGACAACUAACAGAUGAUAUAGUAAAAUGUCGGAUUGUUGAUUAUAAUUUACAACUAGCAGAGAUCCAUCGCACGUUUCGGGAAGCGCGACAGGAUGGUGUUAAUUUCGGAUUGCAAGUUGAGGCCAUCAAUGAUCCUUGCGCUGUACAAUCUCUGCUGCCCAUAGACUUGACCCUCGGUUUGGCAGUCGGUACCGAAGAUGGACGAUUGAUACUUUAUGAUUUGGCCGAACUGCAAAUAGUACAUAACGGUGGACGAUUACCGCAACCGCAACGAAGAUUAGCACCCAUAGUGAAAAUGUCCUAUAUAGAGCCGGUAGAUGAUCCACGAUGCUGCCUCUACGUGUGGGCUUUGCAUGAUACUAAUGUAAAUUUGACUGCUGUAAUGCACACGGUUGUGUACGACAAACGAGUAGCAGAAGACGAUGGUUUCUACUACUUCGAAUGUUUUUGUGCGGCCGCGUCUUGUCUAGUACUACCGUUAGAGGAUAAAAAGUGUGUGCCAAUCGGUUGCCAGUCAAUUAACAAACUUGCAUUUCCAAGUCCGCAUAAUAUCAGCCUAAAUGGUAGUAUUUUCAAUAAGACAGAGGCAGAGGAGAAUGGCUAUUGUUUGUGUGCGAUUUCCUGGUAUUCACCACAAGAGGAGAAGAAUAAGCUGCUCAUAUUCGAUUUAAAUCAAUGGUAUAGAGAGGAAAUGCGAAAUUAUUAUGAGGACUCUACAACAAAUCCCAGUUAUUUGGCGGGUUAUGUGUUGAGUAAGCGAGAGUGUGCAUUGAGCUUGUAUGUUGAUCCCAAUACUGUGGCGUACUUUAACACGCUGCAACGCUUUGAGGAGCAUUUCUAUCCGAAUUCGCUGAGUUUCGAUUGUACUCUCCUACAUACGGACAGUUCGCUGGGUUACACUUGGCUGGGUGCGCAAAACAUUGUCAUCAGCAUGUUACGCGCUAGUAAUUCGAGCAUUUUCUUAGAACCGGAAAUGUGUUUUAAAGAGAUUUUGCGUACACGCCUAUUACCGCAAUUCUGUGAAUUGAAUGUAGACUCAACUUUUUCGCGGCUCGCCAUAUAUGAGACCAUUUUAUCCGCCGCUUUGGAGCAUAAUUGUUUUAGUCUACUUCGAGAUUGUGCCAAAUGUUGGGCUGAUGGUAGUUUUAUGGGUUGUAAUUUUACAGCGACCACAGGCAUUUCGCUCUCAACACUCACCGAUUGGCUUUGGAAACGUGCUGCGGAUAUAAAAAAACGCACGAAUGAAUUAUCAAAGCGUCUCUUUGACUAUAGUGUCUUUCCAUUAGAUCAACGUGAGCAAAAAGAGUUUGGUACUUUAACACGUCAGCUGAAAUUAUUGGCUGAUUUGUUGCAUGAGGUGCUGACCGCAGGCAAACGCUAUAUACCGGACAGAGUUUUCCAUACCCUCGAGACACAACACAAGUCCCUAAAAAUGCUUACCGAAUAUCAGGAAGUGCUAUUGUGGCUGGUUAGCAUCGGCCUGCUGCCAGAAGUGCAGCCUCGCAUCGAUAGUUAUAGUUUCUAUCAAGGUAUGCGCAACCGUAAACGUAGCUCAGCUUUGCCGAAAGUCAGAGAGGCAGAUGUACAUUAUCCGUAUGAAGAUUUGAAAAAUUUAUAUGCACGUAAACGUGCGCUAUUCGAACGCGACAACGAUAAUUUCAUCUCCAAGAAGACUGGUAGCUGUCGUUUGCUCUUUGUGGAUGCGCUCAUUGCGCACGAAUGUAACAGUGAUGCGUUACGUGAAUGUUGGUUGGAGAACGGCGGCAAUGGCCUCUACCCACCGCCAUCCAUUGAGGCUAUGCUACGCGUUAUGCUUGUGCCGGAAGUAGAGUUUGAGAGUAAAUGCGCAAUUUUGUUGUAUUUCUUUUUGGAUUUGCAUAUGACCAUGGACGAUCAGACGCAUAAAGGUAUUGUCGAGAGUUUUGUGAAAUUUCCAAGCGUCUUCAAGCUGACAGCUACCCUGAUAAAGACAGUGCAAUCGUUUUGGAAUCUCGACCAUGGUUUAUUUCAGCCCGCUGUAGAGGAGUUUAUUUCGCCCUUUAACAAUAAUCAAACAUACAAUCAAUGGAUGUUGGAGGUACUUGUAGAAUCCCUGCUCACACAAAACGCCGCCGACUACGCAUUGCGUAUCCUGGAAGCGCGUCCAACGCUUAUUUCGCCAAUAUUGAAACUCAAGACGUUACUCGCCAACGAACUUACUUCGGAAGCGUUUCAUUUUGCGCGCACCAAGCAAGAUGACUCACUGCUGGAGCUCUUCUUCAAGUGCUGUCUCUGCGCCGGUAAAUAUGGUGUCAUACGCGAUUUGGCGCUAAACGAACGCGAGGGUCAGCUAGUGCAGCGCCUUUUGCGUAGCAGUAAAAUACUUGGCGCAGAGAACUUACAUUUCGUCUAUCUGUUGCAGAAGUCCAAGUAUAUUGAGGCUGUUUCUUAUUUAGAUGAGCUUUCACGCGCUAAAUCGCAGCGCCAAUGUAGCAAUGAGAGCAGCAAUAUGUUACGCGCCCACGAUACGCCGAACUUGGUGUUGUCCGCCUUCAAUACGACCAUGGCGCCGGUGACACAAGGCUUGACAGACGUCUAUUUCCGCAUUAAGAAUAAGAUCAAGAAAAAGGAGGCGGACAAUCGUUCACCAGUGCCGCUGAGCUGUCAGCUAAUCAAACAGAAUGCCAAUAAUUUACUUGGCGGCAUUUACCACAGCUCAGCAUUGAGCGCGCACUUUGCCACUUACUACUGGGGCGAAAUGCACGACGAACGACGUGCUCGCGACAGCACAACCGCCAACUCUCUGCUAAGUGCAAAUAAUGCGCCGUUCUUACGAAAACCACAAGGUGAAACUUGCCAUCUACAGCUAGAGCAAGCACCACAGACUGGCGUCUCGUAUCCGCGGCCGUACAGGUUGACUGAAAAGCGCACACUAACGGAACGUGAGCUAGAACAAGUUGACGUACCGGAAGAAGUGCCCAAUAUGGCGCUCCAUACAAACGCGCAACCACGUAAGCGUCGCCGUCUCUUGGGUCAGGAGAUCGUUGAGGAUCUAGGUCAUUUCAUUCAGCAAAACAAGUCAGCCAGCCAGUUAACGGCAUAUGGAUUUGAUCUGCAAGGUGUGUGCGAUACUCCCAGCUACACGUCCGAAUGUACACAGCAAGACAAAACAGCCACCGGCGCCGCCGCAUGUACAGAGUAUCUGACGCAGCCGUUGAUGACGCCACGUCGUCGUACAGCAGCGUUAAAUGACAACCGCAGGGAUUCGUGUGUGGGGGCCUCAGAGCUACAUAGCAUACUGAAAACGAGCAACUUACCGGAGCGUAGUGUUCGUGCGCAAAGUGCCCGACGGGAGCUGCACGCUGCCAUGGAUGACAGCAAAAACUUGCGCUUCACAUUACCGGCUGCGACAAUUGCAGAAGAGACGAAAGAGAAGACGGAAAUCAACGCCAAAGAAAGCACUGCAAAAGCAAUCACACAUAAUGAAGAAAUUGCUGAGAGCAAGGAGUCCGGAGCUAAGCCCAGUCGACGGCUGGUAACAACAACUACUGUAGAUGAUGAGGAGGAAAAUGUUGGAAUGAGUGAAACGCCGUUGACAAUAGCCACAACAUUGGAGGCAGUGACUUAUGAAGACGUCGAAAUGGCAGAAGACGACAUAAUUGACGAAGUAUUAAUCGAGGUGCAUCACGAAAAACUAGCUUCCGCCACACCCUCUCCAACCAAGCUUAAAGAAGAAACGCGUGCCAUAUCGGUGAGUUCGAGUGCUUCCGAAAGUAAUCGCGAGUCUGAUGCGCAGGACGAACAGGGCGAAGAGGAAGAAGAUUUCUUUUCUCCUCUGUCUUCGCGUAACAAUUCUCUGUUAGCGGAUAAUCUACGUUCUCCACCUCAAUCCACUACUUCCAUUUUCGAGUCAGCAACAUCGAAAAUAUUCCGUUUCUGCGGCCCACAACCGCGUAAGCCGCUCGCACGUCUUUCAGCCGAACGCAGUCAAAGUCGCACACCGGAAAAAGAGUUACUAGCACCACGCCAGAGGAAUGAUGGCGAAGAAGCAGAAGUUGAAAAACCGACAGAACAGAGUGAACCGCCGAGCAGUGGCUAUGUUACCGCCAACGCAUCUAGCAACUCCACAACUGCCGCUAAUACUAUUGCAAUGAGCUCAAACAAAACCACACUGGAGAUUAAAUCCGUUGUAUCCUUAGCCAGCACCGAGUUUACGCCCCACUGCUCGUCUUCAAAGUUAACAACUCAGUCGAAAUUUAUUUUAGAUGAAGCCGAAAGUCUGCCACACCCUGGCAAGCUCUCCGAGUGCAGCACGAUGGUGGGCAGUUUCACGGUGGAAGAAAUUGAGCUGACCACAGAAUCCGCGGAUGGUGUCAUUAGAACAGAAGAAGAAAAACCGGCCCCAGUUUAUGGGCAGCUAAAGACAUCCACCGAUUUUGCGUGUACCAAAAGGACCGAGGUCCUCCAGGCCAAUACUACACUCGGCAUGAGCUCAUAUGAAUUCACAUUACCGGAGGCCAAAACGACCAGCCCCGGGGCGACUGAUGACAAACAAAAAGCAGCAAUCCUGAAAGUCAUGGAAACGGUAGAAGUCAUGGAUACAGAUGAGCACGCAGAUGAUGUGCAUGAAGUUGAAUUUAAUGAAGAGCAGCAAAGUACAAUUAUAGCACCCGUUGCGGCUACAAUCGAGGAGUCGGACUUGUAUGCAAGUGCUCUGGGCAUACCAACGCAGCCAACUGAGAAUGUGGAGAUAGCGGAUAGCGAUUAUUCGGACGAUGUCGUUGCCUUGUAUGAGAACCAACGCGAGGCAGUGGAGAAGCACAAGAACCAAGCUGACACCAAUGACUGUAAUAGUAGCAGUAGCAGUGUUAUUAUCCUAUCGUCUCCCGCAUCUUCAGAAAUACGCACCAAUGAACCGUUCUACUUCAGGCCCGAAAGCGAUGAUGAAGACAACGACGAUGACGACGAGGACGAAAACGAUGACGAUGACGAUGAGGACGAUGAAGUUGAAGGUCGUACGAAUAAUGGUGACAGCUCGUGCUCGUCCAUAGAGAUUAUUUCUGAAGAAGAGGAGCUGGCUCCAGCGUAUCCGCAAGUGCCAAAAAAACAAAAACUUAAGACACCAAAAGGGCGUAUGACAUUAGCGUCACCUGCACUGGAAGUCAUAAGGGAGGUUGCGGAAAGUAAUGCAAGCUCUGAGUCAAAAACAACAACAGAAGAAAGCAAUGAAUCUAAGAUUUCAAGUGCACCCGUCGGAAAAAACGAAGAACGAAUGGAAGCAAAUAUUGAAGACGACGCGGUUGAGGUCGAAGACAGCUCUUUGCAUAGCAUGGCAGCAUCUGUAGAGAGUGAGAGCAGAUUUGUUAUUGAAGAAGUAGCUUCAAGCUGUGUUGACAUUGAAGAGCUAGCAAUGCGUGAAACUAUUACAUUCGAGGAUUCCGAUGAAGCCGAGCUAGAGCCAUCCUCGUCCGGAGGCACGAAAAAAGAAAUAUUCUUCAACAAAAGCGUAUUCAUCCAAGACGGUGCUGAGAUUACAAUCGAGCACUUGCAAGAAAGCGCCUACAUAUCAUCCUCGCAGGAAGUUUAUGAAUAUCUUGGCGGCGAUGUGUUCUAUUGUGACGCUGAAAAAACAAUUGGAACCAUGGAAAUGCGCGAAGAGCGCGAAAUAGAGAUAACAGUUGAAAGUGCCAGCACUUCGGCCAAUAUCUUAAAAGAAAGAGCAAAGGACGUCAUGCGAACCUGGGAUGAGUUGCCAACAACCUCUGAGAAGCUCAAACCAGAAGUUAAAUUACCGGUCAGGUCACCAAAAGAUGAUGGCAUUGAAAAAGAAGUAGAAGAAGAAUCACAUAAAGAGAAGAUAAGGCUUCCCUCGCAAACGGAAGUUGCGAUUGAGGGCACAGAAGAGGCCGAGAAAACAGAUAAGUCACCAAUAGGGAGCUCAGAAAAACAUGGGCAAGCGGAAUCGGGAGACGAGGAGCAAAUCAAGUUGCACGUAGAGGAAGGUGACCUUAGUGAAGCCGAAUUAACCGACACCAAAGCGGAUGGAUCUAGUGCCACAACAGAAAACGUCUCAGGCACAAAAAUAAAUGUGCCUCAAGUUGAGCAAACUGAGAAACACGUUGUUUCUUCGCCACAAAUCAUUUUGGAGGACCUGUCAGAAAAGCCAACUAGCUUUCCAUCGACACAAGAUACUAUAAAUGAGUCGGAGACAGUAGACAAGUCCGCCAAUUCACCGAAAAAGUCAGUUCAAGAGAAAGAAACUGAAGAGAAGAUGACUUCUAUCCGGGUUCAACCGGCUUUACCUAAACGCACAGAUUUAGUGGAACACGAAACCGAAAACCAUGCAAGCACCCCAACACAGAGGCGUUUGAGUCUGCGUGGCACCUCCGUACCACCACCUCCUGUCGAUAUAAUUGUCAAUACGCCGAUUGACGAAGGGAGUGUGUCAAAACGACGGCAUACGCGUGGCAUUUCGAUGCCACCACAAAGUACAGCACAGCAGGAGCGAGACGCCGCAGUGCAUACGCCUGAAACGCGCGUCAGCAGUCGGCGCAGUGUACGUGCAAGCUCAAUGCAACCCAGUGACGAUGGCGCCGCACAACUUGGCACACCGCGUGCUCGUCGUAGCACGCGUGGCACAUCAGUGCCGCAUGAUGCUGACGAAGCAGCCAGUACUAGCACCCCCGUGCGUACAGGUCGUGGUACUUCAGUACCGCCAGCUGCCAAAAUUGCCACACGCCGCCGCUCAAAUUUGCUCGACGCCGUCAACGAAAUUACCCCAGUCGCAGUGGACUCACCUUCGACGCGUACACGCUCUCGCAUGCGUUUAAAUUCCGGUGAUAGCGAAUUGGAUUCGUCCGUUGUGAGUGGCGGCGAACAAGCUUCUCAAGCAAAGCGUAUGCGUCGGACAUCCAUAUCGAGUAGCGUCUCAGAACAACCGACUACGCCCAGCAGCAGGCGUACACGUCAUAGCAUUGCUGCUGCUACCACAGAUACCACUAGCGAACUGUCCACGCCCAAAAGUUUACGACGCACAACACGCUCGCAGAAUAUAGAUGCGGAGAACCUGGACGCCACGCAACCGCUAGAGGAGCGCGAACGAGAGAAAUCGCCGAAGACAAGUGAGCAGACUACUGACGCGGCGUUGUACUCGUCAGCGCGCCGCUUGACGCGCACACAGCUCGCAAUCAUGGAGAAGUCAGCUGCACUUAGUAAAAAUACAAAUGCUGAGGGCUUGCGUAGUGGUGUAUCCAUAUCAUCACCCACAGCAAAGCGCGUCGGUAAACGCCGCAGUUCACGUUCUACGGUGCCCGAUAGCGACGAUCUCGAGUCAAUUUCUUCGCAUAUAAGCAAUGUUUCUGGCGCACAAAGACGCCGCGUGACACGCAGCUCUAUGAAGGAUAAGGAGGAGAAUGAUGACGAUUUGGUUAGUGUUGCCAGCUCUGUAGGUAGUGAACGUAAACAGAAGCGGCGUUCUAAAGAGUCCAAAAGCUCGCCAAACUCCACAUUAAGUACUAUACAGGAAGAUGAAGCUGAAGAAGAAACAGUGCAAAAGAAACGUUCCAGACUUGCUAAGAAACGUUCAGCUAAAAAUCAAGACGAUGCCAGUCCAUAAGAUCAAUACUCUUUUUUUAACUAAUUUUGUUGUUGUAAUGUCAAAUUGAAAGAAAUGUCAGUUGGCAAAAUAAAUCUUGAA